AUGGAGCCGCCGGCGGCGGCGGCGGCGAAGACGGUGGAGCGGCUGGCGCAGCGGCUGGUGCCGCCGGCGGAGCCCACCCCGACGGGCCCCCACCGCCUGUCGUGGCUGGACCGGUACCCGACGCAGAUGGCGCUCAUCGAGUCGCUGCACGUGUUCAAGCCCGACCCGGCGCGUGACGGGGUGAGCCCCGCGGCGACCAUCGAGCGCGCCCUCGCGCGGGCUCUGGUCGACUACUACCCGCUCGCCGGCCGCCUCGCCGUGUCCGAGGGCGCGGGGGGCCUGCACGUCGACUGCAGCGCCGAGGGCGUCUGGUUCAUCGAGGCCGCCGUGCGGUGCCGCCUGGAGGACGUGGACUACCUCGAGUACCCGCUCCAGAUCCCCAAGGACGACCUGCUCCCGCACCCGCUGCCCAGGCCCAGCCACGAGGAGGAGACCAAGCUCAUCCUGCUCGUCCAGGUGACGGCGUUCGCGUGCGGCGGCUUCGUGGUGGGGUUCCGGUUCAGCCACGCGGUGGCGGACGGGCUGGGCGCGGCCAAGUUCAUGGGCGCGGUGGGGGAGCUAGCGCGUGGGGCGGAGCAGGUCUCCGUGUCCCCCACCUGGGCGCGCGACGCCAUCCCGGACCCGGCGGGCGCGCUGGUCGGCAGCCUCCCUGACCCCACGGGCGCCAAGCGCCUGGAGUACCUGGCCAUCGACAUCUCCGCCGACUACAUCGACCACUUCAAGUCGCAGUUCGCGGCGGCCACGGCCGGGGGGCGGUGCUCCGCGUUCGAUGUGCUCAUCGCCAAGGCGUGGCAGAGCCGCACCCGCGCCGCGGGGUUCGAGGACCCGGCGAACACCCCCGUGCAGCUCUGCUUCGCCAUGAACGCGCGCCCGCUCCUCCCGGCCCGCCUCCCGCGUGGCGGCGCGGGGUUCUACGGCAACUGCUACUACAUCAUGCGCGUGGCGUCCACGGCCGAGAGGGUGGCGUCGUCGUCCGUCACCGACGUGGUGAAGAUCAUCAGGGAAGGGAAGAAGCGGCUGCCGUCGGAGUUCGCGCGUUGGGCGGCGGGGGAAGAGGGCGCCGGCGGCGUGGACCCGUACCAGAUCACCUCCGACUACCGGACGCUGCUGGUGUCGGACUGGACCCGCCUGGGCUUCGCGGGGGUGGACUACGGGUGGGGCCCGCCCGCCCACGUGGUGCCGCUGACGAACCUGGACUACAUCGCCACGUGCAUCCUCGUCAAGCCCUGGGCCCACAAGCCAGGGGCCAGGCUCAUCACGCAGUGCGUCACGCCCGACCGCGUCGAGCGCUUCCACGACGCCAUGGUGGACAUGAACUAG